CUGCAGUCUCUAAACCACGCCCACAUACCUGCGAGAACCAGGAAAUCACACUAUUAGGACGUAAGGAAGAACCAAAAUACCCACCAGAACUUCAUCCUUUUGAAACCAUCGUCGUCCCCCUACCCUUCAAAUCUUCUUCUGCGUUCUGGACUUGCCUGUGAACAACUAAAACCGGAAAGAAUCGGAGUUUCACCUGGGACCAGCCUGGCACUGACCAGACCAGCACCGACCUCCUCAAGUCCGGACGCAAGUUCUGCUGGUCCAGAGAAGCCCAGUACCUGUAUCUGCGCCGCCUCUCGUCACGCAGCUACUCGGCUAUUAUGAUGAACCCGGUCAUGGAGGAGACCGUGUGGGAGCAGUACACUGUGACCCUGCAGAGGGAUCCAAAGAUGGGCUUUGGCAUCGCAGUGUCAGGAGGUCGGGACAACCCGAACGAUGAGAGCGGAGAAACAUCCAUCGUGGUCUCUGAUGUCCUGCAGGGAGGACCGGCCGAUGGCUUGUUGUUUGAGAACGACCGAGUCAUCCAGGUGAACGCCAUCCCCAUGGAGGGAGUCAUCCACUCCUUUGCGGUGUCGACACUCAGGAAGUGUGGCAAAGUUGCAAAAAUUACUGUGAAAAGGCCCAGAAAAGUCCCAGUCAACCUCCUGAAUCGUCCCCCAUCACCUGAUGACAGAGUCUUUAACACCGACUACAAUGAUGACUACAACUACGACCAGGACCGCCGUAGUGUCUACAGUGGGCGCAGUGGUGGUGGCCGGGAUCACAGCAUGGAGAGAGAGCGAGGCGGAGGAGGCUACAUGGACUCUGGCUACCAAACACGUGAGCGUGACUAUGACAGGGACUAUGACCGGCGGGAACGUGGCAGGAGUAUGGAGAGAGACCUGAGUCCAGACCGGCAGUACAGGAGAGACGGCAGCAGAGGGCGCAUGUUGGAUAAAGAACGCAGCCCAGAUCGCCGCUACAAGAGCGACCACAUGCUGGACCGGGACUACAGCCCAGACAGAAGAUACAGAGAUCACAGCCCUGAUCGCCGCUAUCGCAGUGAGCGAGCCCUGGACAGGGAGUACAGCCCAGACAGACGCUACCGAAGUGAACGGACCCUGGAUCGCACCAACAGCCCAGACCUGCGCCGCAGACGGGACAGCCACAGCCCGGCAAGAGGACAUGGACGAGACAGCAGCUUUGAAAGAGGGCGUGAGCGUGCCCCUUCAGACCCCAGAAAAUACGAAGAGCCGCUGAGAAGGAGUGGGAGUAGAGACCGCCUUGACCGCACGCCGUCACCUGCAGCAAUGCCUAUCCCUCUGCCCCGCCCUGCCCGGGACCUGGAGCCCCUGGAGAAACCCCUCAGUGUGCUGCUGCUGAAGAACCGACCAAAUGAAGAAUAUGGCCUUCGUCUGGGCAGCCAGCUCUUCAUCAAAGAGAUGACCAGCACAGGACUGGCCAGUAGAGAUGGGAAUCUUCAGGAAGGGGACAUUAUUUUAAAGAUAAACGGCACAGUGACAGAAAACCUGUCUCUCUCUGACGCCGGGAAGCUGAUAGAGAAGUCUCGGGGGAAACUGCAGCUGGUGGUGCAGAGAGACAAACGGCAGGUGCUGAUCCGAGUCCCCCCGAUGGUCGACAGCGACUCUGAGCUCGAUGAUAUCUCUGAAAUAGAGUCGUACCGCUCCUAUUCGCCACAGGAUGACAGGCGAGGGCAUCACUCAGACCUCUCCUCCCACUCCUCCAAUGAGAGGCUUCGAGACAAGCCCAGGGAAGAUCCACCUAACAGGCUGGCAAAAAUGGGAGCCAUGCCCACGCCAUUCAGAGCCCCGGACAGAGCAGCAGAAGACACGCCCCCUUUACAGGCAGAGAGGGAGGAUCCGCGAUCAGAAACGCCACCAGCUGUCCCACCACAUAAUGUCGCCCCAAAGGUUCACGCUCCUCCAAAGGUGCCGCUGAAGCCGAGCAUAGAGGACCUGGAAGUUUAUGGGCCAAACACGGUGAUGGUUCAGUUCCAAAAAGGAGACAGCGUGGGUCUGAGACUGGCAGGAGGAAAUGAUGUCGGUAUUUUCAUCGCUGGUGUUCAGGAGGAUAGUGCAGCAGAGCAAGAAGGCCUUCGCACAGGAGAUCAGAUCAUGAAAGUGAACAAUGUAGACUUUCGAGGAAUGGUGCGGGAAGAUGCUGUCCUCUACCUGCUUGAGGUUCCUAAAGGAGAAGAUGUUACCAUUCUCGCCCAGAGCAAACCAGAAGUGUACAAGGACAUUUUAGCAUCUGGCAGAGGUGACUCUUUCUACAUAAGGACUCACUUUGAAUAUGAGAAGGAGGCUCCUCAGAGUCUUCCCUUCAGCAGAGGAGAAAUCUUCAAAGUGACAGACACUCUUUAUGAUGGUAAACUCGGCAACUGGCUGGCAAUCCGCUCUGACAAAGACAACCAGCUGCUGGAGAAAGGAAUUAUCCCCAACAAGAGCAGGGCAGAGCAAAUGGCUAACGUGCAGAAUGCUGCUCGGGCUGCAUCAGGUAAUGACAGAGGAGACUUCUGGAGGCUAAGAGGUCAAAGGGCAGCGAAAAAGAAAGACUUACGUAAGAGCCGAGAGGAUCUGAGUGCAGCGCCUGUUACAACACGAUUCCCCGCUUAUGAGAGAGUGGUGUUACGAGAAGCUGGUUUCAGGAGGCCUGUGGUGAUUUUUGGGCCCAUUUCUGAUGCUGUGAAUGACAAAUUGGCCAAUGACCUUCCUAACGAGUUUGUCGUUGCCAAAACGGAGCCCAAAGAUGCAGGAAGUGAGAAAUCUUCCGGGGUUGUGCGACUCAACACCAUUAGACAAAUCAUUGAACAGGACCGCCACGCUCUCCUGGAUGUGACCCCCAAAGCUGUAGACACUCUGAACUACACACAGUGGUAUCCUAUCGUCGUCUUCCUGAACCCGGACAGCAAGCAGGGCGUUAAGACCAUGAGGAACCGCCUCAUGCCUGGAUCCAGCAGAAGUGCACGCAAACUGUACGAGCAGGCCGUUAAGCUGAGGAAAACCUGCUCACAUCUUUUCACUGCAACGAUUGAUCUGAACUCAGCCAAUGACGCGUGGUAUGGCAGUGUGAAAGACUCGAUCCGGGAGCAGCAGGACAGAGCUGUGUGGGUUUGUGAGGGCAAGCUGGACGGUUCAGAAGAGGACCUGGAUCUCCAUGACGACCGCAUGUCCUACCUGUCAGCGAUGAGUGCAGACUACCUGAGCAUGGACAGUCGUCUAACCAGCGACUAUGAAGACACAGCAGAUGAAGGCGGGGCUUAUACCGACAAUGAGCUGGACGAGACAUUGGACGAGCCACAGCCGAUAUCAGCGAUCAGUCGAUCAUCAGAGCCCGUUAUGCCAGACGAGAAGCCUCACCCUGAACCCCGGGCUCGUGUCAGGUCAGGUAGCAGAGAGAUGCUCAACAGAGAGCCCAGCCCUCCCCCCUCUUUUGUCCCUGAACCCCCUAAGGUGCGUGCUCAGACCCGAACAGAGUCAUCGAGGAGCUACGACUCCCAUUCCAGCAGCACCAUCAGCAGUGAUGCUGCAGGUGGGAACAAACCAGCUCCCCCGCCUGUAGCUCUGAAGCCCAGCAUCACCCGCCUGAACCACCCGUCAGAGGAGCAGAGCCCAGAAGUGGAGGAGGAGGACCCUGCAAACAAAUCCUUCCUGGGCAAGAUCAAAGCUUUUGAGAAGAUGGACCACUUGGCCCGAGCUCAGAGGAUGCUGGAGCUGCAGGAGGCAGAAAAUGCUCGACUGGAAAUUGCCCAGAAGCAUCCGGACAUCUACGCUGUCCCAAUAAAACUGCCAAAACCCAACCUCAACCGUCCACAACCAAUAGGUUCGAGCUCCAACCCCGACCAGCAGACUCCCUUCAGGCCACAUUACUCAGAGAGCAAAGGACAUGAGGAGGACGAGGCCGAGUACCGCCGACAGCUGGCCGAGCAGACCAAGAGGGGAUACUACAACCCUCAGAAGUACAAAGACACCGAGCUGUAGGCAGGGAGACCAGGAAGUGACAUCAUCUGAGAUCAGACUCCUCACUCCAUCACUAAAAAAAGACAGUUUGUUCCUGCGGUAACAGAUCCUGCAGCUGUAUCUUCAUGUAAACACAAAGAACUCUUUUUGUAGUCAAAGAUUGCAGCUCUGGCUCACUGCUGUACAUGUUCUCCACACAAGUUUGUACAAAAUCCUUCUUUUUUCCAGGCCAUAGACAUGAUUCUCCUUAAUCCACCAUGACUCUUCACAAACCUGAUAUUUCACAGUAUAUAUUCUUUUAUUGUGAGUCUGAAGAGGUUUUUGUUACAUGUGAGGUUUUAUUUUCCCCAAAUUCAUGAAAUCAAGCAACAGUUUUUGUCUCUCAUGCUUUACCAUGACUUCUAAGUCGCACAGCUAAGCAGAACUUUGAACCUUGAUUUAAAUAAAGGAGAGAAGGCUGUAAAAGUCAAGUUUGUUGGGAAGAAGAAAAUGUUUGAAAAACACUUCAUUGAAUAAAAACUAGGGAUGUCAAGAUGUAUUGCAUUAAUCGCAAUUAACUGAUUCACAGUUAGUGCAUUAAUGUUUUUUUUCACAUCCUUUACUGUCCCAGCAGCAAAGUCAGAAGUCAUCUACACCUUUUGUUAUCAAACACCAUACCUUUUAACUGUUCACUUAUUUCCUUUAUAAUCCAUAUCAAGUUUAUUUUCCAUGAUGAACUUUGUUAUAAUCGCCAAUCUACCUUGAAUGGUAGAUUGGCGAUUUUUAGUCUCUUUCUGAUUUGCAAGAGAUUCAAUAUUCCUUACUAGAUUAGUAGAAAAAAGCACAGAAUCUGAAACAUCUAGUGGUAGACCUUAGACCUUAGUAAACCUUAAUAAAACUUUAGGGGUCAAAUUGAGCAUGAAAAUGUGUCCAACCAAUAGGGAUGGAGCAUAGUUGUUGUAUUUCUGAGUGGCCACUACUUCAUAAGAAUUCAAAGUUUUACAUCAUCUUAAAAAAUGUACUUUUCCAUUAUUGUAGCUAGGUCCUGGUCAGAAAAUAACCAGGUCAAAACAGCAUCAUUUGAGGAUAAAUAGGCAGUAGCUACAGAUGUGGUUUAGUUGAAACAACUGCCUGCAGAGCUUGCUUAAUGUAGUUUACUCCUUGGUGGUGGUGCACACAACCUGAUAUGUUUUGUUGCUCUGAUUGACCCAUAAUGAAAGUGGCAGACCGACAUUGCAUCCAGCCGCCCUCCUAGAUUGUUUUUAAGGUUCUAUCCUUCCCAAACACCUUCUAUGGGCUGAUGGAAACAUUUCUCAAACAAAAAGAUGUUUAGCUUUGUUACUGGGAUGUUAUGGUAAAGCUGAAUCCUGUGCUGUAGUUGCAGGAUAGACUGUAAUCAGUUUCUUGGCUUUUUUGUGUCACCUGCCACUGGCUCGCUGUUCACUUGUUUAAGGUAUCUGAAAAGCUACAAACAUUCAGACUAUAACGCAGGUUUUACAAAGUCUUCAUCUUCUUCAGACUUCCACCAGGUCUUCUCUGAUUAAUUUUGCACCUCUUUGUUACUUAUCAGUGAUUUUUAUUUACAUCAACUAAUGAAAUAUGUGUGUAUUUUGGAAAAGUGGCAUAUUGACAAGUGCCUUGUAUUUCUUGCGUUAGCUCAAAUUGAUAAACAAUUGUACUAUAGUAGCCACAGACACGGGACAAAUGAGUAUGCCUGAUGUUUUAGUGGAUUAAGGAGCAAACAAAAGAUAGAGAGGUCAUUUUUUAGACUUGGUGUCAUUAUUUGAUUCAGUGCACUUCCAUAGAUCUGUGAGGUUGUGCAGGUGCCUGUAAAGAUUUUCUCACAGCUGGACACAAAGACCAGGAUAAAAAUGUGACAGAUUUUACUGCUCUUCAAGGAUGAGUAGAAGAUUGCUAGAAACAUCAGAUAUUUUCUGGAUCAGUUUCUUCUUUUUAGCUUCCAACCAGAGACAAUCACAUUGUUAUUGUGUGUUUUUAUAUUGAAUUAAAAACUGUCAAGUCUUUGUACAUGGGAGCGUCUGGAAUGUGGUGAAGACAAUCAUGUUUGAUCAAUUUCUUUUUAAUGUUUGUUAGUUUGUGAUUUUUCUUUUUUUUUAGCUUGUGAUCUUAGUGUUUCAGAAGAUAUUCAAAUAAAUA